AUGGCCGCACUUGCAAUUGCUACCUUCAUACUUAUAUUUGUGUCAAACAGCUUUGCAACAACUGAUUUCGACUAUGUCCUGACACUUCCAGAAAACGUGCAGACAUGUUUCGACAACAGUGCAAAUCUUGCCCAAGUGGACCAUAAAUUGGCAAAAGAUGCUUGUAUUCGAGCAUAUUUCAGCCAAAUCCUUGAGCCUUCAAUAAGAGAUGAGGACUACCUUUUCUUCAAGACCGAGUUUGAAGAUACAAGGUACGGAUUCCAUGGACCACCCACAGGAUUUCGGCGGAGAAUCGAUAUUCGAACUCUCUCUCGGCAGGACAGAAAGGCCGUGUUUGAUGUAUUCCAGGCUCUUUAUGAGAAUGGAGUUUUGGGUCGAUUUGGAAGGGUGCAUAGUCAACAGAUCACGAGGAAGCAUAAAGGAAGGGCUUUUUUACCUUGGCACAGAGUGUUUUUGGCAGCGUUUGAAGAAGAAAUGAGAAAGAUAGAUCCCGAUGUGUCUUUGCCUUACUGGGACUAUACUAUGGACUAUUACAUCCCGUCGCCUGCAACUUCUGUCGUGCGGUCUAGUUGCUUUUUCGGAAAUGGCGUUGGCCUGAUAUCAUCGGGGCCUUUUGCAGGAUGGUCUGGGGGAUAUAACAUUGAGAUUCAGCGAGACCUUGCAAAACCUAAUGGCCAGUGCACUCCAAGACUUAUUGACAAAGCUGACAUAAAAGGAGUGAUGGAUUUUCGCCAAUAUCAAUUUCGACAAAAUCAACAACAGUCUAAUUGCAACAUAGAUCCUGAAACAGAUUACCCAAAUGUCAACCUCGCACAAGACAACAAUACUGGACACGCACGUGAUGAUCCAAUGCAAGCGUUUGAACAUUUGCGUAACAUUGACGGAAUGUGGAACAACUGGACUACAGAUUUCUACUCUUACGAGCCCCAGCCCCAAUGUCCUGAUUGUGGAAAUUCAACCUACCUUUAUUGUGACAAAUGUAUCGACAGCAUCAGGUUUCCAAGCGGAGUUUGUGUGAGCAAACAAAUAUCCGAUUGUAAAGAGAGAGGUCGCAGAUCUGCACCUAAUCUGACACCAUUACACCAUAAGGCAUGUCAUGGAAAGUUUGUCAUAGUGGGCAUGCAAGGCGACGGGCGUGACAGGCAUAACACAGAUGCAGAAAACUGGAAGAUCUUAAGUGCUUUCAUAGGUACACCAUAG